CAAACGGUCCCGAAAUGCGAUCCCUUUGUAGCAUACUUCUUGCACUACUGUGUGCCGUCGUAUCGAGCGAGUUAAUUCGAUACGACAACUACCAUCUAUUUCGGGUGUCAAUUAGUGACCGAGGUCAGCUUGAUGUACUACAGCAACUGGAGCAACAGAACGAUGGGUUUAUUUUCCUAGACUCACCCACCCAAAUUCGUACGAAUGUCAGCGUUCUUGUUCCUCCACGAAAGCUGACUGAUUACUUCCAACUCUUGAAGAACACGCAUCUCAACUCACAUCUGGCCACCAAAAACUUCCAAGCUAUUCUUGAUGCAGAAAACCCACCAAAAAAAUCCGCACGCAGUGAAACGACAUUCGGUUGGGAAGAGUACCAAACCCUUGAAGCGAUUUACGAAUGGAUCGACGACUUAGCACUCCAGUAUCCCUCCAUCCUUACCGUUCAAAGUAUUGGACUAACGUACGAAGGCCGGGACAUGAAGUUGGUGAAACUGUCCCAACAGUCCGGCAAUCCGGGAAUUUUCCUCGAGGCUAACAUUCAUGCACGUGAAUGGAUCACCUCGGCAACGGCCACCUGGCUACUGAAUGAGCUGCUCACUUCAUCAGAUCCAGCAGUACAAGAGCUGGCCACUUCCUACGACUGGUACAUACUGCCGGUGGCAAAUCCGGACGGUUUCCAUUACACUAAAACAACCAACCGGCUGUGGCGCAAGAACCGCUAUCCACACAAUAUCCUGUGCGCAGGUGUUGAUCUGAACCGUAACUUCCCGUACCACUGGAUGGAGGGUGGAGCAUCGCAGGUACCGUGCAACGAUAUCUACGCCGGACCGGAACCAGCAUCCGAAAUCGAAACGCGUAACAUGAUCGAGUACUACGCAACGAUUGCUGAGCAGGUUGAGUUUCAUCUUCAGUUCCACUCGUAUGGACAGUACAUUCUACUGCCGUACGGUUAUCAAGGUGCUGACUAUCCGGAUAAUUAUGUUGAUCAGAUGGAAAUAGCGGAAGCCGCUGCAAUUGGAUUUUCUACUCGCUACAACACACCGUACACCUUUGGCACGAUUGCUGAUGUGUUGUAUGUCGAUUCCGGAUCUACCACCGAUUGGGCUCACGGUUAUCAUCGAACCCCACUCUCGAUGUGCUUCGAGUUUCGUGAUAAUGGCCCGUACGGGUUCGUACUGCCCGCGGACCAGAUAAUUCCCAACGCCGAAGAGACCCUCGAUGCGCUGAUAGCCAUGCUGGCCAAAGCCAAAACAAUGGGCUACUUCCAACGAGUAAAGAUGGCAAUGGUACAACGUUUCCUUACUUUGGCGCUCGUUAGCACUGUGACGUUGAUCGCUUGCGCUCAGGGUAAAUUGAGUUACGAAAAUUAUGCAGUGUACAAGAUCGAUAUCACCUCCACCGAUCAGCUCGCGGUGCUCCAACACCUGGAGUCACUUCCAAAUGGGUAUACUUUCCUGGACUACCCAGCAAGAGUGAACAUGAGCGUAGAAGUUGUGGUGCCACCAGGACAACUGACUAACAUGGAACGACUCUUCAAAAAGCAUGAGAUCCAGAACACAAUCCUCACAAACAACUUGCAACAAAUUAUCAACAAAGAGCGUCCCACACGUAAACUGGCUGAAGGUUUCGGUUGGGAUGACUAUCACACUCUAGAAGAAAUCUAUGCUUGGAUCGAUGAGCUGGUCGCCCAACACAGUUCCGUACUGUCCGUGCAAACCAUUGGCCAAACGUACGAAAAGCGUGACAUGAAGGUGGUCAAACUAUCCUACAAGGAGGGUAAUAAGGGUAUCUUCAUCGAUGCCAACAUACAUGCACGUGAAUGGAUCACCUCGGCAACCGUGACAUGGAUACUGAACGAGCUGGUCUCCUCGGAAGAUGCACGUGUUCGUUAUAUUGCGGAAAACUACGACUGGUACAUUGUGCCCGUCGCUAAUCCGGAUGGGUUUGCUUACACGCACAGCACGGAACGAUUAUGGCGCAAAACGAGAAGCCAACACAGUCUGCUUUGCUACGGAACUGAUCCUAAUCGGAACUACAACCAUCAAUGGAAUAACGGUGGCACAUCUAUGACGCCAUGCUCGGACAAUUAUGCCGGGCCGGAGCCGGAAUCGGAGAUUGAAAUCGUCAAUCUGACUACUUUUAUCCGAUCGAUUGCGCCAACUGUCAAACUUGCGCUUUCGAUUCACUCCCGCGGUCAGUACAUACUGUUCCCGUUCGGUUACAACAAUGCACCUCGUACUUACAACCAUCAAGAUCUGCUCCAGGUCGGACAGCGUGCCUCGGUUGAUAUGUACAAACUUUACAACAAACCAUACCGCGUCGGAACGACUGCUGAAGUACUAUAUGUUGCAUCGGGAAUUUCGGUUGAUUGGGCCCAUGCCGUGGCCGGUAUUCCACUAAGCUACACGUACGAGUUGCGCGAUCAGGUCGAGUUCGGAUUCAUCCUGCCAGCCGAUCAAAUUGUGCCGAACGCCGAGGAACUGCUGGAAGGAUUUAUCGCCAUGAUCGAUGAGGCGAAGAAUUUAGACUACAUGUGA